AUGUCUGUCGAUCGCUUAUUCGAUGUGAAGAACGCAUUCUUCCUUGGGCAUUACCAGCAGUGUAUACUUGAAGCACAGAAGUUUGUCACCAAAGUCGAGGAGGAGAAGACAGCUAAGGAUGUCUAUAUGUACCGGUCAUAUAUUGCCCUAGGAAAGGCUUCUGUUGUUCUUGGUGAAAUUCCCGAACGAACGAAUAAUCCGUCUUUGAAGGCUGUUCGUCGUCUGGCUGAAUAUCAGCACCCAAUCGACAGAAAGCGCAUCGCGAAUCAGAUACAGAGCGAAGUUUCUGAUGGGACAGCAGCCACAGAUGAUGCUUCAUGUAUUGUGGCCGCUACCAUUCUCAAUAAUGAAAACAAUCCGGAAGAUGCUAUGCGGAUUCUU